UGGCAAGACCUGGCCCUGUGAGGAGACCCCGCGCCUGACCGCUGCUGGGACCACGAGGACCCAGCUCUGAAAUGAAAGCCAUGCCUUGGAACUGGGCCUGCCUGCUGCCCCAUCUCCUGAUGGUGGGCAUGGGUUCCUCCACGCUCUUGUCCCGGCAGCCUCCCUCGCUCGCCCAGAAGCGGCCUCUUGUCACCUUCCGAGGGGAGCCCACAGAGGGCUUCAACCACCUGGUGGUGGACGAGAGGACAGGCCACAUUUACUUGGGGGCUGUCAACCGGAUCUACAAGCUCUCCAGUGACCUGAAGGUCCUGGUGACUCACCAGACAGGGCCGGACGAGGACAAUCCCAAGUGCUACCCUCCCCGGAUUGUCCAGACCUGCAACGAGCCCCUGUCCACCACCAACAAUGUCAACAAGAUGCUACUCAUAGACUACAAGGAAAACAGGCUGAUCGCCUGCGGGAGCCUCUACCAGGGCAUCUGCAAGCUCCUGCGGCUGGAGGACCUCUUCAAACUGGGGGAGCCCUUUCACAAGAAGGAGCACUACCUGUCGGGGGUCAAUGAGAGCGGCUCCGUCUUCGGGGUGAUCGUCUCCUACAGCAACCUGGACGACAAGCUCUUCAUCGCCACGGCCGUGGACGGGAAGCCCGAGUACUUCCCCACCAUCUCCAGCCGCAAGCUGACCAAGAACUCGGAGGCGGACGGCAUGUUCGCGUACGUCUUCCACGAUGAGUUCGUGGCCUCCAUGAUCAAGAUCCCUUCGGACACCUUCACCGUCAUCCCGGACUUCGACAUCUACUACGUCUACGGCUUCAGCAGCGGCAACUUCGUGUACUUCCUGACCCUGCAGCCCGAGAUGGUGUCCCCCCCGGGCUCCACCACCAAGGAGCAGGUCUACACGUCCAAGCUGGUGAGGCUCUGCAAGGAGGACACCGCCUUCAACUCCUACGUGGAGGUGCCCAUUGGCUGCGAGCACAGCGGGGUGGAGUACCGCCUGCUGCAGGCCGCCUACCUGUCCAAAGCGGGGGCGGUGCUGGCCCGGACCCUCAGGGUCCGUUCCGACGACGACCUCCUCUUCACGGUCUUCUCCAAGGGCCAGAAGCGCAAGAUGAAGUCCCUGGACCAGUCGGCCCUGUGCAUCUUCAUCUUGAAGCAGAUCAACGACCGUAUCAAGGAGCGCCUGCAGUCCUGCUACCGUGGCGAGGGCACGCUGGACCUGGCCUGGCUCAAGGUCAAGGACAUCCCCUGCAGCAGCGCGCUCCUGACCAUCGACGACAACUUCUGUGGCCUGGACAUGAACGCCCCGCUGGGCGUGUCAGACAUGGUGCGGGGCAUCCCGGUGUUCACGGAGGACAGCGACCGCAUGACGUCCGUCAUUGCCUAUGUCUACAAGAACCACUCCCUGGCCUUCGUGGGCACCAAGAGCGGCAAGCUCAAGAAGAUCCGCGUCGAUGGGCCCAGCGGCAAAGCCCACCAGUACGAGACGGUGCAGGUGGUGGACUCGGGCCCUGUCCUCCGGGAUAUGGCCUUCUCCAAAGACCACGAGGAGCUGUUCAUCAUGUCGGACAAGCAGCUGACCCGAGUCCCUGUGGAGUCCUGCAGUCAGUACCGGAGCUGCAGCGAGUGCCUGGGCUCCGGGGACCCCCACUGUGGCUGGUGUGUGCUCCACAACAGGUGCACCCGGAAGGGACAGUGUGAGCGUUCCCGGGAGCCCCGCAGGUUUGCCUCGGAGAUGAAGCAGUGUGUCCGGCUGACAGUCCAUCCCAACAACAUCUCCGUCUCCCAGUACAACGUGCUGCUGGUCCUGGAGACAUGGGAUCACCACGUUGUACAGCUGCAGCUCAAGUCCAAAGAGACGGGCAUGACCUUCGCCAGCACCAGCUUUGUCUUCUACAACUGCAGCGUCCACAGCUCCAUCUUCCAAGUCCAGGGUCUCAAAGGGGGAGAACCAAAGCCAAUGUGGUGUGACUCCCUGGACCAGGGCAGCAGCAGGGUGCUCACCAGCGCCACCGACUGGGGUCCGGGAGAAGCAAAGAGCUUCCUGUGGGUGUUGCCUCCCACGAGUGACUGCCCCCAGCUGCUGCGCGUGGACAAGAUCCUGGUGCCAGUGGAAGUGAUCAAGCCCAUUACUCUGAAGGCCAAGAACCUGCCCCAGCCGCAGUCAGGCCAGCGGGGCUACGAGUGCGUGCUCAGCAUCCAGGGCACCCAGCAGCGGGUGCCCGCCCUGCGCUUCAACAGCUCCAGCGUGCAAUGCCAGAACACCUCGUAUUCCUAUGAGGGCAUGGAGAUCAACAACCUGCCGGUGGAGCUGACAGUCGUGUGGAACGGGCAUUUCAACAUCGACAACCCGGCUCAGAACAAAGUCCACCUGUACAAGUGUGGAGCGAUGCGGGAGAGCUGCGGGCUGUGUCUCAAGGCUGACCCAGACUUCGAGUGUGGCUGGUGCCAGGGCCAGGGCAGGUGCACCCUGCGCCAGCACUGCCCGCCCCACGAGAGCCAGUGGCUGGAACUCUCUGGUGCCAACAGCAAGUGCACCCACCCGCGCAUCACAGAGAUAAUUCCAGUGACGGGGCCCCGGGAAGGCGGCACCAAGGUCACCAUCCGAGGGGAGAACCUGGGUCUGGAAUUCCGGGACAUCGCCUCCUACGUCAAGGUGGCCGGCGUGGAGUGCAGCCCUUUGGUGGAUGGCUACGUUCCUGCGGAGCAAAAGUCUUGUCCCACCCCGCCUGAGGGGGGCUUACGCCAGCCCUUGCCCAUGCAGACGCUGACUCUCUCUGACCUGAAGCCCCGACAGGGGCCCAUGUCUGGGGGUACCCAGGUGACCGUCACAGGCAGCAACCUGAAUGCCGGCAGCAAUGUGGUGGUGAUGUUUGGGAAUCAGCCGUGCCUCUUCCACAGGCGUACCCCGUCCCACAUCAUCUGCAACACGACCUCCUCAGAGGAGGUGCUGGAGAUGGAAGUGACCGUGCAGGUGGACAGGGCUAGGAUCCACCAUGACCUCUUCUUCCAGUACGUGGAGGACCCCACCAUCGUGAGGAUGGAGCCCGAGUGGAGCAUUGUCAGUGGGAACACACCCAUCUCCGUGUGGGGCACCAACCUGAACCUCAUCCAGAACCCCCAGAUCCGAGCCAAGCAUGGUGGGAAGGAGCACACCAAUAUCUGUGAGGUCCUGAACGACACAGAGAUGACCUGCCAGGCGCCGGCCCUCUCCCUGGGGCCUGACCACCAGUCCGAUCUGACGGAGAGGCCGGAGGAGUUUGGCUUCAUCCUGGACAAUGUCCAGUCCCUGCUCUCCCUCAACAAGACCAACUUCACCUACUACCCCAACCCAGUGUUCGAGGCCUUCGGACCUUCAGGGAUCCUGGAACUCAAGCCUGGAACCCCCAUCAUCCUCAAGGGCAAGAACUUGAUACCGCCGGUGGCCGGGGGCAAUGUGAAGCUCAACUACACGGUGCUGGUCGGGGAGAAGCCGUGCCCGGUGACCGUGUCCGACGUCCAGCUGCUCUGCGAAUCCUCCAACCUCAUCGGGCGCCACAAGGUCAUGGCCCGCGUCGGCGGUAUGGAGUUCUCCCCGGGCAUGGUGUACAUCGCACCCGACAGCCCGCUCAGCCUGCCCGCCAUCGUCAGCAUCGCCGUGGCCGGCGGCCUGCUGCUGGUCUUCAUCGUGGCCGUGCUGAUUGCCUACAAGCGCAAGUCUCGGGAGAGCGACCUGACGCUGAAGCGGCUGCAGAUGCAGAUGGACAACCUGGAGUCUCGCGUGGCCCUGGAGUGCAAGGAAGCAUUUGCUGAGCUGCAGACAGACAUCCAUGAGCUGACCAGCGACUUGGAUGGUGCAGGGAUCCCCUUUCUGGACUACCGGACCUACACCAUGCGGGUGCUCUUCCCGGGAAUUGAGGACCACCCCGUGCUCCGGGAUCUUGAGGCCCCCGGCUACCGGCAGGAGCGCGUGGAGAAGGGCCUGAAGCUCUUUGCGCAGCUCAUCAACAACAAGGGCUUCCUGCUGUCCUUCAUCCGCACGCUGGAGUCCCAGCGCAGCUUCUCCAUGCGCGACCGCGGCAACGUGGCCUCGCUCAUCAUGACCGUGCUGCAGAGCAAGCUGGAGUACGCCACCGACGUGCUCAAGCAGCUGCUGGCCGACCUCAUCGACAAGAACCUGGAGAGCAAGAACCACCCGAAGCUGCUGCUCCGCAGGACUGAGUCUGUGGCCGAGAAGAUGCUGACCAAUUGGUUCACCUUCCUGCUCUACAAGUUCCUGAAGGAGUGCGCUGGGGAGCCGCUCUUCUCCCUGUUCUGCGCCAUCAAGCAGCAGAUGGAGAAGGGGCCCAUCGACGCCAUCACCGGCGAGGCCCGCUACUCCCUGAGCGAGGACAAGCUCAUCCGACAGCAGAUUGACUACAAGACCCUGGUCCUGAGCUGUGUCAACCCAGACAACGUCAACAGCCCCGAGGUCCCUGUGAAGAUCCUCAACUGUGACACCAUCACCCAGGUCAAGGAGAAGAUCCUGGAUGCCAUCUUCAAGAAUGUGCCCUGCUCCCACCGGCCCAAGGCGGCAGACAUGGACCUGGAGAACAUGAUCCGGUCCACGGGCAGCCCCGACAGCCUGCGCUCCCGUACGCCCAUGAUCACCCCGGACCUGGAGAGCGGACUGAAGAUGUGGCACUUGGUGAAGAACCAUGAGCACGGAGACCAGAAGGAAGGAGACCGGGGCAGCAAGAUGGUGUCUGAGAUCUACCUGACCCGACUGCUGGCCACCAAGGGCACGCUGCAGAAGUUCGUGGACGAUCUGUUCGAGACCAUCUUCAGCACUGCGCACCGGGGCUCGGCACUGCCCCUGGCCAUCAAGUACAUGUUCGACUUCCUGGAUGAGCAGGCUGACAAGCACAACAUCCACGACCCACACGUCCGCCACACCUGGAAGAGCAACUGCCUGCCGCUGAGGUUCUGGGUGAACAUGAUCAAGAACCCGCAGUUCGUGUUCGACAUCCACAAGAGCAGCAUCACGGACGCCUGCCUCUCGGUGGUGGCCCAGACCUUCAUGGACUCGUGCUCCACGUCCGAGCACCGGCUGGGCAAGGACUCGCCCUCCAACAAGCUGCUCUACGCCAAGGACAUCCCCAGCUACAAGAGCUGGGUGGAGAGGUACUACUCGGACAUCGGCAAGAUGCCAGCCAUCAGCGACCAGGACAUGAACGCCUACCUGGCUGAGCAGUCCCGCAUGCACAUGAACGAGUUCAACACCAUGAGCGCCCUGGCUGAGAUCUUCUCCUACGUGGGCAAGUACAGUGAGGAGAUCCUGGGUCCCCUGGACCAUGACGACCUGUGUGGGAAGCAGAAACUGGCCUACAAACUAGAGCAAGUCAUAACCCUCAUGAGCUUAGACAGCUGAGAACCGCCCUCCAGGGCUGCCCUGGGGGUGGACACACCAAGCCGUGCCUCAGUCUAGGGCAUCAUCUUUACCAAGUGCAAGUUCCGACGGGCCCCCCCACUGCACCGCCGGCCCAUGCAGCUCAGUCCUCUCUCUGCCUCCGCCCGUCUCUCCCUCCUCCCGGGGCCCUCCUCUCAGCUGCUCGGCAGUGGACAUGCACCAUCCUCAUAUCAUCCGGAUGGCCAGGCCUGCAGAGAGGGACCAAGGAGAAGACGCCAGGGCAGACCCCAAGUCAGCAGCGGCACCCACACGUGGGGGGAAGCUGAGAGGGCAGGGCGGGCCUGUGCUGCUGCUCCGUGGGGCGCCUUGGCCUCAGGGUGACAAGCUUAGUAUUACCUUCUCUGGGAAGACAUCACCAGCCUGCUCUUCCUGCUUCUCCAUCUCCAAGGGGACCCACGGCGGGACGGUCACUUAGCCACAGGGCGAAGAAUGGCCAUGCCUGAGUGGUGUCGAUGGAGCAGGUGUGGGAUGGGGAGCCCCCUUGGGAUGACAUCACUGACCUGCUGUGGUUUCCCGAUCACCUUGAAGCCUCCCCCAGGGCCCACAGGGAGUCGUCUGGCCAGGCUCCUCCUUGCCAGUGGGGAACCAGCCAGAGGGAGGACGGAAGGACAGCAGUACAUCCCCUUCUGGAGAUGCUCCAGCAGAGAGACCCUGGCCUGCAGGAGAGGGGUAGGAACAAGAGUAUGUCUUCCUCGGAAGCAGCUCUUCUUUGCCAUUCACCUCUAGGUGCAAGCGAGUCCCACUCACCGUCGUUGGUCCUGCCCAUUGUCAGCGCUGCUGGGGUGGCUCAGAGACAGCCCCUCCACCCUCCUUGCCCCUCUUCCUCAAGGUCGAUGUGAACGGCAAGCAGGGUGUGUCCAGAAGUUCCUACCUCCAACUUGCUCCCUGGCUCCACCCCCACCACCCCUGCCUGACCACUCUAGAAGUUUGGGGCCCCAUCCUUCUUGACCAACCUUUGGGAGACAGGGCCCAGGUGGUAGCCACUGCUAUGCAGAUGCCGCUGUCCCCAGGCUACCCAGACACACCCCCUCAGGAGGGGGUCUCAUCAGCACUUGGUGGUCUCUGGAGUCACUCCCUUCCUCCCUUCAAGGAAACAGUCAAGGGCAGCCUCAGAGAGACCGUCCAGAAUCCCAACUGACCUCCACAGCUAGCUUGUCCUGUCAGCAGGGACCCAACGGUCAAGCUGGAAGACCAGGUCAGAGAGGAGAGGAGAGAAGAGACGGACAACUGACCUUGACCCUGGCUCCACUUCUCCUCUCUUCAUCCAUCUCUCCCUUCCAUCGUUGCCACCAGCCAGGCCCCGUGUGUGUGCUCUGAGAUGGGUGUUGAUUGGGUGGACAGGGACCAAGGUGAGAGAUGGCCGAAGGAGAGUCAUGGGACCCACAUGUCUUGAAGGGGCUUAGAGUCGGGGCCCGUCUCCAGCCACAUCCAAAGGACCUCUUCCCAGCAGCCCACUCUAGCUCAAGUUGCCGUUGCCUGCGAGGGACCACAGAAGUGUCAUCUCACGUCCAAGUAGACAUCCUCAUUAGUCCUGGCCCUUCAGUCCAAAGGAGCCCCUCUCGGAACCUGAAAGGAGCCGUGUGUUGCCCGCCCAGGCCAUGGGGCUACCCGAGCUUGCUCAGAACGCCAGCCCUCUGGAUACACCGUGUACUUGUGCGUGGGUCUGUCACCCAGGGUGCCCCACGCAUUGGCAGACAGCUCCUGUGGAGGGGCGUGUCCCAGGGUCCCUUCUCUACCCACCUUCUUCGAAUCCAUUCAUCCUGCGGCUUCAGGGCAUUUCCUCGCUUGCUUUUUUUUUGUUUGUUUUUUUAAUGCCGAUGGUGAACGAGGCAGAGAGGAAGGAGACGUAACCUGUCCUCAGGAAAUCAGGGUGUUCAUCUGCCAAGGCUGGGACAGUGGGGACCGACCGGUGCAGGACAACCUUGGGCACCAUGGAGGGCCAAUGGUAGAAAAGAGACUAACCACCGUGCCAGACUGGGGGACUGGGGAAAGGUGCUUCUCAAGGGGAAACGUCUAACUCAAGGUGCGGGCAGGUGGAGCAACCUGGGAUUUCUCUCCCUGGUCCUUUGUUUUUUCCCCCCAGAGAAAGCCACAGGACCUGGCCGGCCUGAGAGGAGGCUGUGGGGGGUGCCCACAGCCCCACCACACGGGGGAUUUUUGCACACGGGGAAGGGUCAGAGGGGAGAGGGACGCAAACGUAUUUAACGCAGAUUUGCCGAAAGAAAGGUGUGUGUGGGUGUGCGUGUGUGAGUGCGUGCGUGCGUUCGCUGUAUGUUUUCAGUUUUGCACAGUGAGCGGGGGAACGGCAGAAGCAAAGACUGCUGGGUCGUUUUUUACGGGAUGAGGAGUGUGGUUAUUUCUCGGUACAGACAUUGGGCUGCCCACCUUGUUUUGUCAUUUUGUUUUCAAACACCUCAGAGGAGUCUACGGGCUGGAAGAGAGCGGAGGGAGAGUCGGAGGGAGCCAGAUGUCCUUGCCCGCCUGGCUUCUCCCCCAGGGGGGUAGGGUGGGCGCCCUUGACGUGAGCGGCAGGUGGGGGUCUCUGGUGCUUCCUUUGGGAAUGGAGAGAGAACGGGCAGCCCCGCCAGGCUGGCCUGAAAACUCUCUUCCUUUGGGCUUGUUUUCCGUUUGUCGGGGUUGGGCUCUUGCUGCCCAUACAUUGAAAAGCAAAGACACGCAGAGCCCCCCCCACCCCCCCACCCCCAGUGGU